UAGUCAUUCUGAAUUUUGGAAACAUUGAUUAAACCCCAAAAUCACUCCCAAUGUGCCUAUGACCAAUUAACCGAGAAUGCAUCCAACUCAUAACUUCUUGGAAACGAACGAAGCAGUGGUGAGCUUGGGAUAGUGCUUGGAUGGGUGAUCACCGCACACAAAACAGAUGCGAAGGGCUGCGGUGGGGCUACCUUGCCUGCAGAGCGCAGUGCAGAAAAAGACAAGGUUGUACAAUCGUCUGCUUCAACGCCUAAACUCUCUGCCCUCCCACAACCCGUGCUGACCAGCUGGUCAGCGAGGUCAAAUAACUCCACGGUGACUCACAAGGUGUGGAAAAGGCCCUCAUCCAGCAGUGGAAUGCAAACAGCGGCUAAGAGUGCGCCUAAUUAAUCAACCUUCGAUCGUGUUAAAUAUCCGUGGCAACCGCAGUGAUUUUCAUCCUAAUUGGCUGAGCGCCACCACGCCUGACUGCAGAGUAUUCCCUUGUAAUUUGAAGUCGCCUGGCCACAACGCCUCCAUGUGAACGUUCGUAAUGAGAGACACGUGACCACGGAACCACGAGAGCGUUAUUGAACACGUGAUACCCAAACGUAUAAAAGAGGGGUUCUCGCGCGGCGCACUGAGCUCUCUGCUGCGGACAUCUAGGCACCACGAUUUGAAUAAGCGCUUCAUGUUUUUGGUUUGUGAAAUUCAACGCCGUGAGGCCUUAGCAAGUAGAAGACAAAACCAUUUGGAUUGGCAAAGUGUCUGCAUGAGACUACAUAUCAAAAUCCUGACGUUGUAGCCAACCUGCUGGUCUUCGUGGCGGUGCUCGUGUGCCCGGAGCUGCACAAGCCCAUGUACUUGUUCCUGGGAAACAUGGCGGUGGCCGACAUCGUCGCCUGCACAAGCUCCGUGCCCAAGCAGCUGCAAAUCCUGCUGACGGGCGACACCAAAAUCCUGUACGAGUCUUGCCUCGUGCAGAUAUUUUCCGUUCACGUGUUUGGCAAUCUUGAGUCGCUGAUAUUAUCGGUCAUGGCUUUUGACCGUUAUGUGGCCAUCUGUCACCCGCUGCGCUACCACACCAUUGUCACAGCCAAAAAGACGCUCGGAGUCUUGGUGCUGAUUUGGGUAAUUUCCACGUCGGCUUGCAUGAUACUCCCGCUGCUCGUCACGCGGCUAAACUUCAGCGAUGACAAUCGGAAAAUCCAGGGGAUAUUAUGUGAUCACAUGGGCGUCGUUGUAUUGGCUGAAUCGGACAUCAAGGUUAAUAAUGCAUAUGGGACGGUGCAAAUGGUGCUCUUGUUUUUAUUACCGCUUAUUUUUAUUAGCUACAGCUACUUAAGGAUUUUCAUUGAGUGUCGAAUUAAACGAUCAGCUGAGAUUACCAAGCAUGGUUUGAACACUUUGCUGACACACUUCUUGGCGCUCUUGAUAUUUUUCAUUUGUACUUUGGGUUCCAUAAUAAUUCCUCGAUACUUCAAAGAUCUCAAAACUCCCACAGUCCUUAACAUAAGGUGCUUUUUACAGUUCGGCAUCCUUGCUAUACCCAUGUCAAAUGCAUUGAUCUACUUUUUUCGCACCAAAGAGCUAAGGAAAGGAAUAAUGAAGUCCUGUCAACAUAUAUUCCUUCUAAGAACAUUAUUCCCAAAGUUUUUUAAAGAUUCGUCCAUAAGUUAAACCAAAUUUUAAGAGUCCAGCCAUAAGCUAAAUAACAGUUGAUCAUACUGCUGGCUUUGCUAGAAUGUUAGGUAGAACUGAUAUUAUUGUAAUUAUUAUAGUUAAAAUUUUCAUUGGAAAAAUACCAUAAAUAGACUUUUGCGUGUUUUUACUGCUACAGGUAAUCGAGAGAUACUCGUACUACAAAUAUGAAUGAAUUGCGAAUUUCUAUGUUGAGAAAAUGUGAUGUAUUUGUCGCAGACAUCAUAAACGUGGAUCAGUAUGGUCACUUUAGGGUUUACCAUCUUUUACAUGCUCAUCUGCACACACUGUUGGGUAAUUAUUUUAGGCUGAGGUAACCUAGAAGCAGCACCAUACACCUAUAUCCGCUUAAAUUGAUAAUUUCUGUGUUAAAGAAUCUCCCCAAUUUAAACUUCUGAUGUUGCUUACGUAUGCUCGCAUGUAUUGGUAGUAUAACGAUUGAACAAUUCUAAUAAAAGUGCCUUUGAAAU